AUGCUCAUGCAGAAAGAAAGUCGUUACAGUCAUGGGCGAAACUGUGCAUCAUUGCUAAAUGAAUUUUUGAAACCCAAGUACUACACAUCAUCUGUUGUUAAACCAAAUGCAUGCCUCAGUGGUGUAGUUGAAGGGGCAUCAGAUCUUACUAGUGAUUUCAAUUUGGACGAUGCAGUUAUUAUCCUUGCAGGAAUAAAUGACAUUCGUAAGAAAAACAACUUUAUUCCAGACUUAGAAAAGUUGACUGCAGCACUUGAUCAUACAAAGCUAUUGUUAUGCACCGUUCCCUACUGUUAUGACAAGCCAGAAGUCAACGAAACAGUGUACAGAUUUAAUGAAUAUAUAAUGAAUUUGUCAUCUAAUUUUGUUAAUGUGAAAGUAAUUGAUGUCAAUUUAUUCUUGCAAAGGCCUGAUUACACUAAUCAUGGACUACACCUGAACAAAACAGGAAAGCUCAGACUGUGCAGGAACAUUGCUUCAUCAGUAUCAAACCCAUGGAAACGGUGUGAUGUAGUAAAAACACUUACAACCAGCUCUGCAAGAAAGGUCAGAUUUUGUACCGGUACUGUAGAAACCAAUUCAUGCCAAGAUAGACAGGGAACCAAUGUGAAUACAAGAAACAGAUGUAUAGCUGUGUCUCACCCUGUCACUGCCAAUGACAUAUUAAUACCAUAUGAUGAAGUUCCACCCAAAGAACCUCAAGGACUGGAAAAUAAUUCCGAUGCAGUAUCUCCAAGGAUAAAAGGUAAUCCCCGAUUUUCUAAGAGAGAAAGAAGAAUUCCAAAAAGAAACAGUGAUUUUUUAUGGCCAGCACCCACCCGACCUCGCCAACGACAUCUAGUGAACAAAUCUCCAGCUGCGACAUAGGUCUUAAUGUAUCCAACACAGUUUUGAGUGCAACGGGGACUAACGGUGUUAAUGGACAAGCAGACCAGCAGAAGGACAGUAGAGGGGACAUGGACACUGUUGACCGUCCUCAUGUUUUAUGCCUUACUGAGCAUCAUGUAACAGUUGGAAUUG